AUUCUCACGGAUCGAGCAAGAACGCCCUUGCCAUCUAUCGUCCAUGGCGUCCAAGAAAAAACCUGCGAAAGCACCACCUGUUCUUUCUACCUCAAGAGACCUCGUGACAGUAGGGCCACGACAUGUUCAAGUUUCGAAACAUGGAGGCAAACGGGAUGAAAACGGUCUCAAACCUACCACUUCUCGAGCCCUAGUCUUACGAAAUGGUAAAUUUGGAGCAAGAGGCACUGGGGAGGUUAUGCUUUCAAGUAAAAUGAGCGGUAGGGAGAAACUCGAUUUGCUUGCAGAGGACCUUGUAAAUGAACAUGCACGAACGGCUGUGAUGUCACCUUUGAAACUGGCAAAAUGUAUCAGGAUCGCGGACUCCCAGUUCAAUGCAUAUUUGGACGAUAUUACCAAUUUGCAAGACCCUGAAUCAUUCCAUCGUAAGAUCACUGAGGAGCUUAACGCUCGCACACCAUAUGGAACGACAAAGAAUGGCAGGGAGGUCCGAUCAGAUCCCUCCUAUGUGGCGUCCAUCAUCGCAAUCAGGAUUCACAAUACGUACAUGGUCGCUUCAGCAUGGAAGAUCGUCCUUGAUUCUCUGCGAGCGCUUGAGCAGUCUGGUCUCAGUGACACGACGGCUCACAUCCAGCUUCAAAAGGAUCAGGGUUUAUUAUCUCGUUAUCUUAUCGUUUGUGACUUGGUCUCUAACCUAGUUGAUCUUGGUCAAAAGAAAUUCUCUGUGCUUGCUACCACUACGCCCCAUUAUGCUCGUUACUUCAAGGCGGUUGAGAACACCGAUCCAGGUGAACCCGAGAUGGCAUUUGACUGGGCUGGUCUCAAGGAUGCAUGCAAGUCAUUCUUAGACUCCAUCAUCAUUGAGCUAUGUUUCCCCAAGCAACCCUAUCCGAAGAGGAUUUUGUACCACAUCCUGCACGAUGCAGUUGAUGAGUCCCCGAGAGAAGCAAAACGUUUUCCCCAGACUAUGUGGGAUGCCGUCGGCGAAUUAUCUGUCGUGUUAGAACUCCAGGAGCUUCUCGAUAGUCCUUUGUUAGGAUCGCAGGGUGAGAAGAUGAAGCAGAUACCUCGCAAGAUGCCCGAGCAGUAUGAGCAAUGGCUUGAUGCGCAGAUAUUUUCUCAGUCAGCAUCUAAUAACUACGCCAAUUUCAAGGACCUUGUUUUCCCCCUUUCUCGCACUGAAGACCGGGCAGUCCUCAAAGACAUGUGGAAACUUGUCGACGUGAAUUACAAGAGUGUUUCCAACAUGUCCAUAGAUACUCUUUGGCAACUUGAUGAAGCCCUCCGCCGCACGCCGCAGUGGAGUGCAUUCUAUGUCCCUCACCUUGCAGGUCAAGAUUCAGAUUCAGACGAUGGGGGUAAUCUGGGUUUGAUGCCAUUCAAGGGCAAAGGCGGAAAGAAAGGCGGCACACACAAGCGAUCAUCGAAGAAGUUGCUCGCCAUCACUGACGGUCGUGGAGACGACGAGAGUGAUGGCUCUAUGCCUGAGCUCCAGUCCGUCUCCGACUCUGACGACAGCGAUGACGAUAUGCUCGACUCUGACCAGAACUUCGGGGAUGAAGACGAUGAUAGUGAUGAGUACGAGACGGAAUCUGAGUAUGACUCUGAUGAAGAGGAGCAAUAUCGCAAUAUGUUGCGAGAGGCUAUGGACACGGCAAUGGCCAUCCCCGAGUUUUUCGAUGCGAAGACUGAAGUGCCGGAGUUCGAAGCGAUGGCUGAGGAGAGGAAGGGCAAUCCCUUCUUAAAGCUCCUUGGCUCGUUAAGAGGACGCAUGUUCUCCUCUAGCGCGAAGCUCAGUUCCGCGACGCGCGGUGAACAUCGCAGGGGCAUUUUCACUAGCAAGGCUGCCCCGAAGCCGAAGCCGGCUCCUGCGCUUAAGAUCGAUUUGUCUGGUAUUCCGGAUGAUGAACUACCUCCUCUGAAACCCCUUCCGACUCCUCGGAAAAAACGGGUGCCCAGGGCUCUCGGGGCCAAGCCGCCACAUGCUGCUGGAGCCUCUUCUCCACAACCUAAAGAUACCCGUACAACAGUUGAAGAAGUUGACGAUGAGGAUGACGCCGAUACUGCCUCUGCUAGCAAGAAGAAAAAGAAAAAGAAGCCAAAGAAGAAGAAGACCGACUCGGAUUUGCCUGUCCUCCCCGAAGAUGCCCCCGUAUCUCCUGUGAUGUCUUCAGCGCGUGUCUCGUCUCCCCCCUCCAGCCCCUCAAAGGCAAACCCUGCCAGGAAGGCCAGUCUGAAUGGCUCGGCAUCAACCCUUCUCAAUAUGAAUAUGUCGACUGCUUCAUUGCCGUUGACAGAACAGACUACGGCCCAUUCUGGUCAUUCUUACCUGCAGGAGAUCUCUCAGAAAGAGAAGAUCAAAUCUCGUCCUGACCAUGCAUCCAUGUUCAACCGCAACUUUCUGAACAAGGGCAAAGACAAAGCCAAGGAUAAAGAGGAAGACAAAGAUACUGUGAACAGCAAACACACGUGGUUCUCGAAAUUGGGUAAGAAGACGACUGGGUACAUGCAUCAGCUGCUUCGCGCUGGAGACGAUGAGAGACGAGGAGCAAUGAAGUGGGAGAGUUUCCUCAAGGUUAUGCGUGACAUGGGCUUUGAAUACGAUCCCAGUACCGCUGGGUCAUCUGUGCGAUUCGAUCCGCCUCAUGAGGGAGAUAGGUCCAUCACAUUCCACAAGCCUCAUCCGGAUCCCACUCUGUAUCCUGUGAAGAUAAAGGAAUUCGGUAAGAAAUUGAAAGAUUACUAUGGAUGGGAUGAGGAAGAUUUCCUGAAGCGUGCUGCUGCUGCUGCGUAAUGGCUUUUUGAUUAUUUUGCUCAAAUCAUCCUUCGAAAUUCGACUGUAAUAUGUACUGUACUGAUAGCGAUAUGUUCUGUUAUGAUACAUGAUGUAAUGUAUAAGAAUGACUGUAGGGGUGUGGUAUUCGAAAAAUA